AUGAUCCAGAAUGGGUUGCCCGAAGAUUUCGAGACGGAUGAUUGGGGAUGGGUCGGCAGGGUUCUCAUUGGUCGAGUGUCCGCGGAGUUGGAAAUAGAGCCGAUUGGGGUAGAUGCGGUUGCGAUACAGGCCGGGGAUCUCGUGCUGGCGCUCGAGCAAUAUGUAGAGGCAUGCCUGAGAUUGAAAGACCUUUCGGAGGAGGAGGCGACCGAAGGAGCCAGACGCGACCUUAGAGCAGUGAAGAGGACGCUUCAGGAUAGGUUGGAGACAGAGAGUCUGUCACCCUACGCGAUCAGUCUUCCGGAGAGCUUCGUAGAUAGAUAUGGAGCGGCGCGGGUCGAGCACUGCAGAUUGCGGGAGGCGGCAGAGGCUGCAGAGAGGGAGAGCAAAGCCAAGGUGCCGCAAGGAAGGGAAAAAUCCGAGAAUCUGCGAGGCGAGUGUGGAGAGUCGGGGACCGUCGGUGGUGCGAUCAGGCUGCAAGCGGCUCUCGGAGAGGGGGGUGAUACAGAGAGGAUCGAAUCGGCAAGACGUGAGCGACCGCUAACGGAGGAAGCGAUUGAGAAGAUUAGAAAAGCUGCGGAGGCGACGAAGCCGCCACCUGGAGGCAUCUUCAAAAUCUGUGACGGAGCGUCGCAAACCUUGACCGAAUUCAGGGUCUAUUUUGAGACGAUGGCGGAUCAGAGAGCAUGGACGGAUGUCCACGCUUUUUUCUGGCUAGCCAAGUUCAUUGACACCUCUCUGUGGUUGAACAUCUCAAAAGUUCAGGGUAGAAGGUUGCUGACGGAUCCUCUCAGUCGGGCGUCGUAUUCUGGGGCAGUGCAAGCGGUAUGGGCUUCGCUCGGCCGUUUAACCGGGGUUGAUAAGGAGCGGGAAGCUCUUCUCCUGGAAGCCCAGCAGUUAAUUCAGCGGAAGGAGGAAGGAACAAUGGCUUACCUCUAUCGGGUCAAUGAUCACAAGUUGAAGUGUGAGUUGGUGGGAGUCCACCGGGAAGCAGCUCAUUGGUUCUCCGUCGCCAGGGUGGGGAUGAGAGAUGACCUCUCAAAAAAGUUGAGCUAUCUUGUGCGAGUGGGGAAAGAAGAUCAGUCAUGGGAAGGAUGGCUCGUAGCGAUGGAGCGUAUGGCGCCGUCAAUUUCCAGAUCGGGGAUCCGUUUAGCGGAAUGUGCUGAGGUGGUAGAAUCAAGUCCAACUCCUCCGGGUAAAGGGUCGAUCGAAAAACGGGAUACGACUGUCGCGGAGCAGAAGCCCAAGAAACAUUGGACGGGUGGCUUCAGGGGUCGGUGCUACGUUUGCGAUCAAGUCGGGCAUAUGAAGCGCGAUUGCCCCAAUCGGCAGCGUGGAAAACUCGAUAAGCCCAGAGAGGCCAUGGCAGCGGAAGGGUCGACCGAUAAAAAUAAUGGAGGGGGACCGCCAGCGGAGUCGGAAGAUUGCUCGAAAGGAGGUUCGGGAUCGGGGCAGACAGUGAAGAUUACGACUGCAGCUUUCGCAGCAGACUGCCUGGCGGCAGCUUCCAGCAUCAAGUCUUACGCAUUGGGGAACGGCGAUGACAUUCCCCAAGUUUCUCUCCAGUGUGGUACUUACCGCUGCAGUGCCCUUCUGGAUAGUGGAUCAUCCUGUUCGCUGGCUUCUGCUGCUGUCGUCGACAAGUUGAUGAAGGAAGAUCUUGCGGUUGCCAUCGGGAACCCGCCAAUUCUUAUUCGCUAUGCUAAUGGAGAAGAAGAGAAGGCCUGCGGGGAGGUUAUCAUUCGAGCAUCAUUAAAUGAUAGCGAGUGCUUCAUACCCUGUCUCGUCGUAUCACAGCUGGGAAGAGAGGGCGGAAUGAUUCUAGGGCGGCGAGCACUCAGGCUGUUAGGAAUCUCGAUGCAGUUCCCGCAAGACCCUCCGGAGGAGAGAGCUAGGUUGCGCACGGCGUUCGCCGAGCAUCAAGCCAAGUCGGUGAGGGAGUCAACUAUUCUUCCCUUAAAGGAGGAGGAGGAGAAAUGCCUCUGUGCUACGGUGGAAUGCUACAAGACGAAUGGUGAACUGUUCGUCCCGGAUUCGGCCGAGGACACCCUGGGGUGUAUUGGCCAGGAGACGUUGCGGCUUCCGGGUGGUAUUCGGGACCCUUUGGAUAUUCAAAUCGAUGCUGUUCUCGAGGCCACGCAGAAGAAGAUUAAAGGCGAGAGGGACAGACAACAACUUUCAGAGCAGGAAGUUAUUGAUGUUCUUCUCUCUUCGAUAGUCUCGGAGGAACCUAUUCCUCUGGCUGAGGGAUACACUCUUGGACUCUCUCGGGAUAGUGUGGACGGCAAGUUCACCGAGGGACAGAGCUACCAAUUUGUGGCCCACUGGACACUGCUCGAUCGAGGAGAAGGUGCUAGGCCCUGGUCGAGCGAGAAGAUGAUUGAGCGCCUAUCGGAUGUGGAAAAGGAAGAGUUCCACGGUCAUUGCCAGGAAUAUGAGACUCACGGUUGGUGGUCUCGGGAACCCUCGGAAGACGCCCGGGAGGAGGGGGAAGAGGGAUGGCAGUGUCCUUAUGGUACGAUUUUCCCAAGAGUUGUGCUCAAAGUUGUCGAGGCGGCCCGGAAUUUGCUGGGGUAUUCGAAGGAAGUGUCCAUCACCGUAGUGAUGGAUGAUUUCUUAGUCUGGGGAAAAGCGGAGGCCGUGCAGGCGAUCGAAUCACUGAUGUUGAAAACUUGGCAAACGGUCGGAUUCAUCUGUCCAGAAGCCAAGCGUACACAGUGGGGUGCUGAUGAGCCCACCAGAUGGUUGGGAAGUGGCUGGGUCUGGGAUGCGGAGCGCGGAAUCCUGAGCUUAGUAAGGCCAAAUGCGAGCGAAGACAAACUGCUCAGCAAGGCGGAAGAGCUCACCAAGCGUCGAGUGUUCCAGAUGGCAGGAAGAUACGUCGAGAUCUCCAACGGCGUCAAUGAGGGGAUGGCACGAGCCCAUGCGGACUGUGCACGAGUUCUGGCGAGCGGGUCACCCACGUGGGACUCCGUGGACUCCGACAGAGUCUGGGUCGGUCCAGCACUGGUUCAUCUCGGUUUAGCCCAAAAGUAUUGGAAGAGAUCGGCUGAAGUGGAAGACGGUGACUUGCGACUCUUCACCGAUUUAUCGUGCAUCGUGGCAGAUGUGGACGCAUCGGCCGGUGGUUAUGGUUUCGUCUGGCGAGACCGAGAAGGUAAGAUCGUGCGGGCGGAGGCCAGGGUCCAGAGUCGCUCCAUGGCUGUGGGAUCGUGGCACUGCAAUAGACGAGAACUCUUCGUUAUUGCGGCCUGCCUGCGACGGCUUGACGAAGAAGUCCAUCUUUUUCCGCACUUGCGGGAGGUAGAGAUUCGCGGCGAUAGUCGUGUGGCUGUUCACCAGGCCAAUCCAUGGAAUGUACCGGCGUGUAAGAGUGUGGAGAGGCGUGCCAUUCUUCGUCUCCGUGGCGUUGUGGCGGAAGUGACUCAUGCUCUGAACUGUUUGACCCCCUCUGUGUCGGUGAAGUUCUCACAUCUGCCGGGAGAACGCAACGGUGUCGCUGAUGCACUAUCUAGGGUCUCGUUGUCUCUCAAGUAUGUACCGGUGCUAGAUGGUUCGUCUGCGGUGGGUAUCGUUCACUGCGACGCUGUUGAGGCGCACUCGUGGUUAUCGGACCAGUCGGCUGGAAUCCACUCCAUUCCAUCAUUUCGUCGUUGGAAGGCUUUGCGCGUAGCUUUUUUGGGAUGGUGCGGUUCGGAUGCCCCAUCACCACAGGCUGAGCUGUUCACGAAGUUCCUUUUGGCGAAACAGGCUGAGGACGGCUUCUGUUCUCGAGUUCUCGACGAGUGUGAUACCAGUCAGGUGUCGGCUAUACCUGGGUUGCCGUACUCCUUCCAGGUUCGUGAGGGUCUGCUGUACCGUGUGAGACCCAAUGUCCCUAUUGAUGACGGUCCUCGCUGGCAGUUGGUUGUCCCCCGGGGUCUAGUGGGGGAACUAUCCUUGGCGGUCCAUCAAGAAUGCGGCCAUGCUGGUUUGACGGCUACUUUGGCAGGACUAUAUGGAGUGGCCUGGGCGCCUGCUAUGCGGAAACUGGCUCGCCAAGCCCUUAGAGGAUGCUUGAGCUGUGCUCUUACCAGAGAUUGUGGAAGCCGAGCUCAGAUUUCUUAUGGGGCGAGCAGGAUCCCGACGGCUCCCUAUGACUGUGUGGGAAUCGACAUGUAUGGGCCACUUCGGCGCCCUGGGAAUCCCAGGGCCGGGAUAGGGUCGGGGCUGCCAUCUGAUUCCCCUCUAGGGGGCGCAGAAGCCGACGGGAAACAGGUGUUGAGUGUGAUAGAUCGCUUAACUGGUUUCUGCUCGUUUUAUCUCCUAGAGAACGGUAGGGCUAAGGUUAUCGCGGAUGCGCUGGAGUUGCACUUUUGGCGUGUGGGAAGGUGGCCUAAAGAGAUCUGGUGCGAUAACGCUAAGAGCUUUGUUGAGGCGUCGCCUCUGGUCAGCUUCGCUAUGAUGGUGGGAUGUUCAUUGAGAACGAUUCCCCCCCAUACUCCACAGUGCGGGGGCUUCUGGGAGAGGAAACACAAAGAAGUGUCCGAGACCCUGAGGGCGUGUCUGUACGAUAACCCGGAAGCGUCUUGGAAGUGGUUGGUGGCGAUCGCAGAAGCGCGAGCUAACUUCGUGAGUGGUGCCCACGAACGAAUUUUCGGGUGGAAGCCUCAGUCUCCGGCGGUGGGUGCAUUGUCAGCUCAACUCUAUCAGCAGUCGUCGGUGCCCAGGAGCUUUCGCGGCAAUUCUGCGGCGGCCGUUGCCGAGGCCAGGACCCGCAGCCGUUACCGUGAUGAUUUGCUACAAGUAUUUGCCGAGGAGUGGCUCCAAGCGAGGGAGGAUUUGGCUACUGGGUUUAUGUUUCGUAUGGCGAAGAGGGGUGGGCAAGAGCCUCUCGUCGUUGGCGAUCGUGUGGUCCUCUAUCAUCCAAAGACCAUGCAGGGCAUGAAGUUGGCUCCGAAGGCCUCUGGGCCUUACUUUAUCUUGAAGAAGGUUGGUUCCCAAUGUUAUGAGGUCGGCAAUUUUCCGAAGGGCUCGUCUGGUAGUUCUUCCCAACGAUCGUGGAUGGUUCAUAGCUCGCGCAUUCGGAAGUUUGAAGGUGUGGAGCUCACUAAAAAGAUGGUCGCCCCCGAUUCUGACACGGUCUUCGGUGCGGCUGAGGAAAACAUCUGUCCUAGCUGCAAGGAAGUUCACAGUGGUACUUUGGUGUGUUGUGAUGGUUGUGAUCAGUGGUUCCACCUUGGUUGUACUGAUUACGACGGUGAGACGUCUUGGUACUGCGCAGUUUGUGGUGCAGCACGAGAGUGA